AUGGGGUCGUACGACGAUGGCAAUAGGUUGGUCAUCUAUUUUUAAUAGAUAAUUAUGUGAUAACGGGGAUUAGAUCCGAUUCGCCGGCGGAAGACGACGAUUCCGUUCAUCGAAUCCUCGAUCACAGCAGGAUUUUCGACUGCAACGACGAUGAUAUCGGUACUUUUUGUGAAGUGCUCUUGAAAAAAUUCAUCCACUCUAAGUUUGAAUAGAUUGGGAUUUGAAGCAUAUCUCAUCAAAAUAAGCGGACGAAUUUCUGAAAAUAAGAGUCUCACUUGCUUCUGAAGCUGUUUUUACUCAAGUUUACUCUGCUCAAUUGCUAAUUUUACUGCUUUUUAAGUGGAAAUAUUUGAAAAUGACCAGAUUUGAGUAAAGAGCCGAAUUUUUAAACUUUUUUGGUAUAAUAAACUUAAAAUUUUCGUUUUUUGAAUUUUCGGAUGGAAUAUCAGAUUGGCUUGUUAAAAAAAGAAGAAAAAAGUCGAUUUUUUCACUCGAUAUAUAAAAAAGAGUUUGAAAUCAAAUUUUGUGUUAUUUUUCAUGCCGAAGAUCCGUAAAUUUUGAAUUUUGAGUUUUUUUAGCAUGCUGUCAUUGACAAACGAGGAGAGAAGCUACUUUUCCUUCCUUUUUUUAGGAAAAAAUAGUACCAAGUACGAAUCAAGUUUGUCAAAAAAUUAUGAAAAACAUAUUAAGUUUGACACAGGGUAAGAGCUCCGAAACAUCUUCCGAUUUCCUUCACAAAAAGAAAGUUUCAGAUUGAAAAGAUAACAAUUGAGGUGAUAUGAAAAUUGGUGUUUUAUUGAUGAAACUAGAACAUUUUGAAAUAAUUUAACAACGAUAAAAAAACUAUCAAUAUUGAAAUUUCCGUUUCCAGCGAUGAGAGUUGGCGCGGAACGAUCUCGUCUCCUGUUCGACCAGGUUUCCCACCACGAAAUGAUGGCCUUCCCAGAACUUUGGAGCUCUCGCAGCGCCAUCCAAGUCUACCUCUUCAUCCGCAACACGGCUGUUUGUCCCAUUUCCUACGGAGUUCCCAAAUUCUCUGUUGUUUCAGUUGAGACAAUGGCUCGCCGACCCUCUCAACGAGUUCGGAUUGGCGGAUCUCCGCUCCGAAAUCCCGCCUCCUUUCAAUUGUAGUUUGUCUCUCAGAAAAUCGAUAUAUAGAAUCUUUACAGCUGAUCCCAACCUGAUCGCGCGGAUUCACGCUUAUCUGCAACGACAUGGGCUUAUCAAUUUCGGUCGAUAUGUUAGAACAACAGGUUUUUCGAUCUUUAAAAUUAUACGAAAGUGUUUCGAGGAAUCCUAGAAGGCUUUUCAGAGAGUGGAAUUUUUGACCGAGUAAGGCUUGCAGAUAUUUUUUAAAAUUCAUGUGCAGAGUUUUUUGUAACUCUAAAUUAUUCUGUUCUUAAUGAACAAGACAGAAAUCCAUUCUAACUACUCAUUUUUCUAUAUUAUGCAGCGGAUAAACUUCUCAUUGAUAAAGUUAGCCAGUGAGGAAUUUUAGCUCCACCUGUUCUACCGCAAGAAGAGAAGAAAAAGGUGAUUGUCAUCGGUGCCGGGGCGGCUGGUCUUUCAGCCGCCACACAGCUCAUUUCCUUCGGGUUCGACGUUACGAUCGUCGAAGGAAGGGUGGGUUUUGAUAAUGCAUGGGCCGAUACAGAGCUCAAGCUCUCCGUAACAGGGUUGGCUCACAAAAUCUCUGAAAAAUUAGUGAUAAACUUAACUUUCAACCUAUGGAAAGUAGUUUCCACAAUUCAUAAAAACGAAUUUUAACCUCGGUAGGGAUUACUGACUUCAUUUUAAGAAGACUGCAGAAGGGGCUUUCGGCUUAUAAAUGUGCCCAUGGUUUUGAUAGAAGGUGUUGAUACUUGAUAGCCAAAAUUGUCCAUGAAAGAUAACUCAACACUUAUAAUGAUCAUGAAAACUUUUUACUUGUUUAUUAAAAAUUGAAAUUUUUUGGAAUUUCUCUUCUUUUUUUUACUUCCUUCAUUUUUUGGUUUUUCUCUUCUAUACCUCCUCAAUUUUGUCUUUGAAAAUCCGUAAAUGUUUCUCUACAGAAUCGAAUCGGCGGACGAGUUUCAACAAUCAACGCUGACAACGAUAUUAUGGAGACGGGCGCCGAGACGAUUUAUUCUUUCCGUACGUGUUUUACAGAUGAAUUUGUAAGAUAUAUGAAAAAAAUCCGAAUUUGUGAAGCAAAAAAACAUUCUGAAAUCUGCAAUUUAAGAGUUUUUGAAAAGUUCAAAGUUUUUUUAUUUCCAAAAAAAUCCUUCAAAGUCUUGUUAAAAAUAAAAGAAUAUGAAAAUUUGUUCGCGAUUUUUUCGUUGAAGGAAAAAAGCUCAUUUUUAACUUUGUCAGGCUCAAAUCCAUUGUCCGUUUUGGUGCAGCAACUGAACGUUGAGCCGAUCGUGGUGAACCAGUCGUUCACCCUGUACGACAACGGCAAGCAGGUCGAUGACACCAGCGACCGGAUCAUCGAGAAGUGCUACUGGUCGGUAGAGAGCGUCUGGAAACUGGAAGAUCCGCAAGAAUUUUCAGGGAACUUCGCGGGACCGUCGAUCAUCUCUCCCACAACAAGGCGGUCAAGGGCAAACGAAUGUCGCGGCUCGAAGUUUUCGAGGUCUUACUCAGGUACUCGACUUUCUAGUUUCUUGAUAAGUUUCUGUAUUUACUAAAAAGUAGUUUCGACUGGUCAUUUGGGUUAUUUAAAAUUUGAAUAAACUCUGAAAAAAUAUACUUUGAUUUAGGGGAAAAAAAUUCCUUUAAAUUUCGUCUUUUCAGUAAAUUUAUAGCCUCAGAGACUUCAUAAGAUGUUUAAGAACAGAAUAAUUUUUGAAAAAUUUUUCUAAAUUUAGUAUCAGAAGGCCUCUAUUGAAAUCUCUAUGAAGUUUUAUAAAAAUAAUUGAUUCGAUCAAAAAAAUCCUUUAGUGAUACAAGAAACGAGUGCAACUUUCGUAUUUUUUUGAGGUGCCUUCAUUCCAAACUACAAAAUUUUCCCACAGUAAUUUAUUUAUGUGUAAGUGUGAUCUAUAGAUUUAGUGAAGAAAAAUGAGAGUUUUUUUAGUGUUUUUUUGAAGCACCUUCACUUGCCUAAAAAAAGUGAAAUCUUAAAAAAAUAAUUAUGUAAAAUUUUAUCCAAUCUCAACCUUGUAAAAAACACGAAUUUCCAGUCAAAUGCAACAUCAGACGCUGAAAAACCUCGAAAAGUACUGGACUGUAUAUAACGAACUGCUGCAAAGUCGUGUCAACAUUUACAAAGAGGUUUCCCCCGCCGAAAAGUCGUGAUUGACUGUUUUGCUUUUCAGUACGAAGUAUAUGAGAAGAUCGUCCGGAACUUGGAAGCUGAGCUGGCAAGAACGGCUCCACCCGACUCCGACGUGUCGAAGGCCGACGUACGCGACGCGACACAGCGUACCGAUGACGUCAUGCGACGCUGCAUCCGACGCGACUACUCCUUGGCCCUUCAGGUUCGUCUCGUCUUCCGAAGAACAGAAGGCGAAAUUCUUGACUAGAGAUGGAGGUAUUAAGGGGCAGCCAAACGCCGGCCUCUGCAUUUUCACUAGAGAUAACUGCCUAGUUCGACGCGAGAUAAAAGCGAUGUCGCUGGUGGCGAAUUGAAGACCUAGAAAUGCUGCUUUCUAGCCGUGUCGGUCUUGCGUUUCCCUCGGCGCUGUAUCGCAUUUUCCUAUGAGCGAUCGCCAGGCUUGUGAGAGGGCCGGCCCGUCACCCUCCCGGCCCCUGACCAUUUUGUAAGCCCGGCCCGGCCCGGCCUUACCGGGGCCUCAAGAAAAAUGGCCCGCCCGGCCCAAAACGCGCAAUUUUUUUCUAGUCGGAUAUCAAGUUUUUUUACGACAAAAAUUACGUUUUUGCCCAUGUUUUCACUUAAAGUUUAACAAAAAAACUAUGAUUUCAAAAAGUAAAAAGUAACAUUUCGGUGAAAAUAUUUUAAAUCAAUUUUUUUAGGUUUGUUUUGAAGCCCGGGCCGCCCGGCCAGACGCACAAACCUGGCGAUCGCGAAUUUUGCAAACUCUAAAAUUUUUUUCUUAAGUGCGUGAAAAAGCGAGAGAAACGCGAUAUCGUGCUGAGUAAAAGGCAAGUCUGGCUCGGCGAUAAAUUAAUUCAUUUGUGAUAACCUAUUAAUCGCCACCGAAAUCGCUUAUCUCUCGCGACAGACCUGGCUGUUAUUUUUAAUGUGUCUUCUUGACUCCUUCGGUUAAUCAAUUCCUUGUUUAAUGAUAGUUUAUUCACUGCCAUUAUUUACCGUCAGAAAAUAUAGAAGAUAAAACAAAAAUAAAAUAAAAGUGUGUAUUUUAAAGCCGAUUUCAACAAGAAAGACAUUUUCAGAGGCUCGAGAAGGAAGCCGCGCAAGUGGAGAACAUUGAAAUAACGCUCCAAAAUUACAAGAAACAGACGCCGGGGUAUUUUUUUGAUAAAUGCGAGAUUUUUAAUAAUUUUCAAAUGCAGUAACCACUACAUGCUUGCUCACCACUAUCGCCAUCUCAAUUUUUAUCUCGCCCACGAGGUUUUUUCCUUUCUUUUGUUUUCUUCACUAAAAAAUUAUUCUAAGGAGUACGCCUAUGGUGCUCCACUUCACAAGGUGCAGGUCGGGUGCAGCGACAUGCGGCAAAAGUCGAGUGGCCUGAGUAUUCGACGUGAGAGUUUAUAACUUUUUAUAAUUGCGAAGAAAAUAAUUUUUCAACUUUUUUUUGCUUUGAUUUUUUUGAUCUUUUUGAGAGAAAAGCCGUAGUCGCAUUUGUAAUGACUCAAAGUGCCGCGAUUGAAACGUCCGCCUAUUUUUAUAAAAAGGCGUGCAAGUAGUUUUGAGUCGGUUGCAAACGGUUUGUGCCGUUAGUGCUCUUCCAUGUACCGCGACAGGCUGCUGAAUUUUGGUUGAUUUAGAAUAUCUCGAGGUUCUGAAAGAGAAGUUGGACUGUUUUGGAUAUUUGGUUAAAAUACCGCUUAAGGGACCACUCAAUAUUUAAGGUCUUCGUGAUAGUAUCCAAAAACCCUUUAGGGAUCAUAUAAAUUUUAACCUUCUAAGGAGCAGUAAUUUUUGAAUAAACCGGUUUUUUUUCAACUCCUAUCGCGACCACUCUGACGUUUCUAAGAAGUGAGAAGUUAUAUUUGGAUUGAAUUUUUCCAACUUUUCAGUACGAGACUCUUUGUCGUCUCUAUUUACGAAGCUGAUCCAGGAGCGUGGAAUGGACAUCAAUUUGUGCCGGAAAGUCACCGACAUCUCCUACGACUCGAAUGGUAACAGUUAAAAAUGUUUUAGUACAGUAAUGAGAAUGGAAUCAUUCCUACCCAUUAACUUUCCGCUCAUUUGAUGAAUUGAAUGAUCUUCUCAGGUGUCGUCGUAACCACGAAGAAAACGGACGCCGUCGAGGGAGAAGAAGACGUGGAGAAAUUCGAGGCCGACUUUUGUGUCUGUACUCUUCCGCUGGGUGUUCUGAAGAAGUGAGGAAAUUUUUUUUUAAAAGAAGAAGACUUAUACCAGCGUCAAAACACCAAAACCCUUCUUAAAAAAAGGUCAGUGAAUGAGAGAUCAUCACUAAAAUAUUCGGAGGUCGAUUUUCACCUCAAAGAAAUUUCGACUUGUUUUUCAACCUUAACUUUUUGCAGAAGCGUCAAGUCUGACGUAACUUCCGGAGCUCCAAAUUUCACGCCUCCGAUUCCAGAAAAACUAGCCUCGGUUAUCAGUCGAAUGGGCUAUGGACUCGUCAACAAAGUAAGUUUCAAUCAAACAAACAAAGAAAAUGAUCACAAUUUCAGCUCUUGAUGACUUUUGAGCGCUCUUUCUGGGAUUCCAACGGCAAAUUCUUCUUCGGCAACAUCUCGCCAGUGCUGUUUGUUAUGAAGUCGCUUCCCCACUUUCAUUUUUUGUCCAGAGAGUCCCGCGGCGAGUUUUUCCUGUUCUCUUCGAUCCCGGAGUCCCGCGUUCUCACCGGCUACUUCGUCGGCUCAUCCGCUCAUCUCAGCGUGCCUCAAGACGUGAGUCACUCGGAACAUGUAGCGAAUCCCGAAACAGCAGCUUCAGACCUUGGUCCGGAAGGCGAUGGCGAUUCUCACUGGAAUCUUCGGCGGCGCCGUUCCCAAAGCGGUUCGUUUUACACUUAUGUGGUCACUUUUUGAUCUCGACUCUUCCAGCCCCUCUCCGUUCACGUGACAAGAUGGCAAGACGAUGAGUUCAGUUUCGGCGCCUUCUCCUACUACGGACUGCAGUCGAAUAGUCAGUUAUUUUCUAAAAGGACAGGAGUUUCACUGAGCAGUUAUGAUUUGUUACUAAAUGAAUAUUCUAAAAGUAUUAAGCUGCAAAAAUUCCCAGCUUGGAAAAACAGUUCGAAGGACCUUUUGAAUACUUUGAAGUAUCCGCCAUUAAAAAAAUGAGAAUAUUGGGCUACGGUAUUUCUCUCCUUUUCAAAAAAAAAUUUCAAAAAAAUUCAAAAAACGGAGCUGAAGAGAAAGCUUUGAUGAGCAAAAUAACCCCCAAAUACUUCAGAAUCUUUUUGGUAAAUCCAGAAAUUUUUUCGAAAAGUGCAAAGUUAUUCUACCCGUGAAAGGCUUUUUGAAGGUGUGGGAAACAUUUAAUACAGUUGGGCUCUAGAUAAAUUAACUUUUCUUGAGAAAAUUUGCUUCACGAAUUGAGAUCUCAAACGAAAAAUGUAUAUCAUUAUCACUCGAAAUUCAUAUUUUCAUCUUCACGGCUUGCAAAUUUUUCCUGACUGCCUAAAUAAUUUUAAUUUUCUCGAACAGUUUUUUGAGACAACUAUUUUCAUUAUAAAUUUCAUUCAACUCAAAAAGAGACAAAUUUGCGCAUUCAGAAGAAGACUAUGAUGAGCUGAAGGCGCCUCUGAAGGCGUUCGAUGAAGACGGAAGCUCCUUUUGAACGAGUCUACUUUGCUGGCGAACACACCAGCAAAACCUACACCGGAUCUUUGCAGGUUUGUUCAGAAAAAAUGAGCGGAAAAAAGUUCUCCAUGGAUCAAAAACAAACUUUUUCCCUUUCAAAAAUGGAGUAUAUUUGUUUGAAAACGUUGUUCAGUUAUCAUUCAAUAUUUCCAGGGUGCCUGGAUUUCGGGGGCCCGUGCCGCCGCCACAAUCGCCAACAAAGUUUUCGGCUGUCCGUAUGCCGAUAUCGGCGAUGACGACAUGGUUUGUCACUCAGAAGUUGAUUUUCAAAAAUCAUAGAUGAUAAUCUGGAAAUUUUUCAUCACAACUCAUGAAAACUCAGCGGAUAAAGUUCAACUCAACAUAAUCUGUUUCAACUAGUCGAAUAUUAAUAUAUAUUUUAACCUACUGACCCGCCAAAUUGCUUUCUUUAAAAUUUAAUGAGGGAUAACAAAUUAGCAAGGUUUUUGAGAUUUUUUCGGGAAGAAAAAAAGGAAAAAAAUAGGUGAAUAAAGCUAUAACUUCCUCAUGAACCUCAUGUCCAAAGAAGAAGACAAAUUUUUGAAAAAAAUUUUUUUUUGUUAAAGUCCUGGGUGAUUCAAAGCCUUUGAUGACACCUCAACAAAAAUUUUUAGGGAAGUCUCAAAAUAUGGCUUCCGUACUCCUUUUGAUAUGGUUCAAUUAUCUAUGACCUUGAAAUUGAACGUUUAUAGAUACCUUAUUAUUCUUUUUUUCUUUUUUUUUCAAUAAGUUGAGUAAACAUAAACGCCUUCUCAGUUUUGAAGGAUAUUUUUUUAGAACGAGCAUUUUGGGUUACGUAGUGGGUAGAACUUCUUCAGAAAGAUUUUGAGGAUAUGAAGUUUAAAAAAAUUUUAAAUGACAAAAAAGGAGGCUUGUCUCAUCGAGGUUGAUUGCAGUUUGAUGACGAUUACGAAAUGUACAGAAGAAGACAAUCCCCACCCAACUUUGAUGAGGAAAGAAUGGCCGGAGAACACGAAGAAAUGCCCCAACUCACGCGUCAAGAUCGGUGA